CACUCACUCUCCUUCUGUCUCUGUCACACACAUGCAACCCAGGGAGAAGAUAGGAAACAGUUCACGCGCGGUGUGCGACUGUGUUUUGUCCUCCAUUAAUCCCUCCUUUCACCUCAUUUUAGUGGCACUGGGUCGAUGAGCAAAUCAGGGCAGACCGUAGGUAGUUUCAAUUCAACACGCAUCGAUCCUUGACUGGAUAAAAGGACAAUCAAAUUGGUCGGCAAUCGCUCCUGAUUCCUCUGCGCCCCGUACGCACAACCACAGGCGAUCUUGUGGUACUGCGCACCACGGCGCACAAGAGGACAUGCGUGCGUCGUCGUUGAACUUCACCUCCUCUGCCGGACCUUACAGUCCUUUGGAUGUCGUUACAGCACUUAGUCUGUGAAAACGCCGUCUGUGCUCAACCACACGCGUGGCAGACAGGACGGUUUUGGAUUUAAAAGCCAACAAGUGGAAAUUGGCUAUUUAUUGCUUAACAGCGGCCCUAUCAUGCCCUCACAUGUGGAUUUGACCACUUCUGUUUGAUGUGACGGUAGACGCCGUGUUAGUAUCCCCACUCUGCGAUGUAUGGUCUGUGGGCGCAGGUUUGAGGCUACCGACCCGCCACUUCUUCACGGCGCGUCCUUGGCGGCGCUGGAGCAGACAGAGCCGGGGACGCUGAGGAAUGCGGAGCCGAGAUUUUGUCUUUUCCAGCUCACCUGCGGAACUCUUCGGAGCUCACACCAAACCGACCGACGCAGCCGGUGAGCUCGACAGACACCAUGCUGAGGCAGAUCCUCCUCAACUCCACCGACACCUCAGACUUCGACCUGGUGCUCAUGGCCCAGUCCACCACGCACGCCCCCUCUUCCCUGAACGCAUCUCACGGCGGCUCGGUGAGCGUGGCCGCUCUCCUGAGACCCACCACGGGCAGAGGGGGAGGUGUGCUCCGGGAGGGCGAGCUCCACAAACCGGACCUGAUCACCUACAUAGUCAUGUGCCUACUGCUUUUCCUGUUGGUGCUGCUCAUUGUGUUCUUCAUCAACUGCCAGCUCCGGAACUCUUUCUUCGCCUCCAUGCCAUAUGACAGGUCACUGAGAGAGGCCCGGACCUCCUACAAGUAGGCAAAGAGAGAGACCCCUCUGGGAUUCUUUAGUGAGACUCCUUUAGUAGGGGUUAAGGAUUACCUUUGAACUGCUGCUGCACAUAUUGGACACAUUAUGUUGUUGCCUUUUUCUUUGUCUUGGACACGUUAAGGCCUAAAUAACCUGGAAUCUAAUGACUUGAUUGUGGCACAUGUUGCCCACUUUUCUAAUCUAUGACCCACACUCCCAUCCCACCCCCAAAAUAACACUUCAGAGUGUUGUGGGUCUACAGCAGGUGGAAAGAAAACAGCGUGAUUCCUGAUCAAAUUAGUGACUCAUUGCCCUGUACUUUCAGGUAACUAAUAGCUGAAAUGUGAAACAAUCCAUCAUCUGCCGCAACCCUCCUGUGCUCCCAAAGUGGAAACAAAUCUAUUCCUUUACAGUGUGCUCCCAGGCUCCUAUUUACUCAUCUAAUUGCCUACAAAUUUGACCUGGCUCCUGUGGUUCAGGUCCAAAUUCACAGUGUUUGACACUGGCACUGUCAAAGAGAAUGUGUUUCUUUUCAUGAGAAUGCAACUCACCAUGUCAACCAAGAAAAGGUCUACAGUAGUGUGUAUAUAAAAUAUUUUGUAAGACUGUAACUGAACUGUCUUGUCUUGUGAAAUGAAACAUUCAGCAUAUGAUUUCCAACGUUUAGUCCAUUGUAAAAAUGAUUAAAUGACAGAUUGUAGACCUAUAUCGCUGCAUAAAGAUAUUCAAAUGUA